UUUCACUAGAUUUUUUUUUCAUGCUGUUCUGUUUAACAUAGAAAACCCUGUUACGCAAUUGAUGAUUUAUUUUUAGGGUUCUGUCGAUUUAACUGUUCGAUUUGAUGAUAAAAAUCUGAUUCUGAAGAGUUAAGACUCAAUUUGAAGUCUUAUCUAUUGUUCUUACUUUUCAAUUUGAAGUUAAUGUUAACUGUUUACUGUGAUAAUUGUUCUUAUGGGUGAAAAAUGAUUGACUGAUGUGUUCUUACUUGUUUGAGUCUGUGGAUUUUGUAGGUUGAGUAUUUUCAGUGAUGCAAAUUUGGCGAAGUCUUCAAGCUGGUUCAUUCAUUUGACAAGAGCAUCUACGAGCAAAAUAUAUUUUCUCUAAUUCUCCUUCACAUCUUUUGGUUCUCAUUUCACUUUCAUUAUUUUCUACUUAAAUAAUCUCAAGAAGAGAAUGGAUUGUGCUUUCAAAUCCAAUUUUUUUUGGCAACCACCCUCCGUAUUCAUUCAGCUGAAACUGCCUUCUACAAAAAGUUGCAAAGACCGUGGAAAUCGUAAAGGCAAAGGGUGGAAAAGUAACGAGGGAAGCUGGUCCUGUCAAAGGUGGCAGUACUUUAAUUGCAUUUAUCGAAGAUCCAGAUGGUUACAAGUUUGAGCUUCUAGGGAGGGGACCGACACCAGAGCCCCUGUGUCAAGCAAUGCUUCGUGUAGGUGAUCUUGACCGUGCCAUAAAUUACUAUGAGAACGUAAGAUCUGCAGGCUUUUGGCAUGGAGCUACUCAGGAAAAGAGAUAAUCCAGAGUACAAGUAUACAAUAGCCAUGAUGGGAUACGGUCCUGAAGAUUGCCGGCUUCUUAUCUCUGGCAAGGUCUAUGAUGUGACAGAAUUCAGGGACGAUCAUCUCGGAGAUGAUAAAGUCUUGCUAACAGCAGCUGGUAAUUAUUUUACAGCUUGUUAUGGAAAGGACCGAGAGCUAGAAAAAAGAAGCAGAAUUAUUCAUUUUCAACCUAUUUUCUCCAAAGGGGUCGAGUCCAUUUCACAGAGUGAUGCUGGUACACCACUCAUUUGGGUUGCUGGUCAUGGAAAACCUCCUGCUUAUUGAUAAUUUCCACCACAAGCAACAACAACUGGGUUUAGUAGGAUCAACAUACUUGUAGAUAUGUGGCCGUUGAUGGAUGGGCAGGUACUUCAUGUAUUUUGUCUUUUAGCUUUCAUUUUUCUACUGAAAACAAAAUGUUAGACUUCCUUAAACAUUUGUAACAUUCCAUUGGUAUAAUAUGGAGUGUAUAGACAUUAUCCAAAUGAAAUUUUUUGUUGUCU